AUGAAGCAAGAUGCUACAAGGAAUGCAGCCUACACCGUGGAUUGUGAAGAUUGUGUGCACGUGGUAGAAUUUAAUCCCUUUGACACUGGGGAUUCGGGAAACCUAAUUGCAUAUGGUGGCGAUAAUUACGUGGUCAUUGGCACGUGUACAUUUCAGGAGGAAGAAGCAGACAUUGAAGGCCUUCAGUAUAAAACACUACAAACAAUUCACCAUGGAAUCAGGGUUGGUGGCAUAGCUUGGAGCCCAGAGACUAGGCUUGAUUCACUUCCUCCAGUAAUCAAAUUUUGUACUUCAGCUACUGAUAUGAAAAUUAGAUUGUUUACAUCAGAUCUUCAAGAUAAAAAUGAAUACAAGAUUUUAGAAGGCCAUUCAGAUUUCAUUAAUGGUUUGGUGUUUGACCCCAAAGAAGGCCACGGAAUUGCAAGUGUGAGUGAUGAUCAUACCUGCAGGAUUUGGAACUUGGAUGGAGUACAGACAUCUCAUUUUGCUCUUAAUUCCCCUGGAAUGAGUGUGUGCUGGCAUCCUGAGGAAUCUUUUAAGCUGAUGGUUGCAGAGAAGAAUGGAACAAUCCGAUUUUAUGAUCUUAUGUCCCAACAGGCUAUUUUAUCUCUUGAAUCAGAACAGAUUCCAUUAAUGUCAGCACAUUGGUGUUUAAAAAACACCUUCAAAGUUGGAGCUGUUGCAGGGAAUGAUUGGUUAAUUUGGGAUAUUACUCGAUCCAGUUACCCUCAAGUGAAGAGACCUGUCCACAUGGAUCGAGCCUGCAUAUUUAGGUGGUCCACAAUUAAUGAAAAUUUGUUUGCAACCACUGGUUAUCCCGGCAAAAUGGCAAGCCAGUUUCAAAUUCAUCAUUUAGGACAUCCUCAGCCCAUCCUCCUUGGUUCAGUAGUCGUUGGAUCUGGCCUCUCCUGGCAUAGAACUCUCCCACUAUGUGCAGUUGGAGGCGACCACAAGCUGUUGUUUUGGGUAACUGAAAUGUGA